AUGAACCUCUUAGCCUCUUCAGGGGAAGACCCAAUGCCGGACGGCGAUAGCACCGCGAUGGAAGAGGAGGAGGAGGGAGCAGGGUCCCGAGAGGUGGAGACUUGCAUCGAGUGCGAGGACCAGCACGCGGAGCUUGUGUGUCUGUCCUGCGAGGAGCCGUUUUGUCGACCUUGCUGGGGCUCCCUACACCGCCAAGGCAAGCGCGCGGAACACGUGACCCGGGCCAUCCUCGGCGAGGUGAUGCCCGCACCGACGGCCCCCACCUCAUCCACGGAGCCCCCCACCCCCCCACUGCCCGAAACGGUCGGGCACGACGACGAUGUAGACGGCGGCAGCGAGCAGUCCGACAGCGAAGGGAGCGCAUGUGACGGUGAUGGGGAUCGCGAUGACGGGCAUGGCGGGGGCGACGCAAUCGAGGGUGGGUUGGGGCAAGCGGGCGGUGGCGGCGGGGGUCACAAGAAGAAGGGGAGAACCCCGUGCGCAGCGCGGGGAGAGCCCGUGGGGCAGGCUCGCCGUGGGGAUGCACGGGUCGAGUGUGCUGGAGGAGUGCCGGUUCAUCCCGCUGAGGCUGGACGCGAGAGAGCGAGGCCUCCUGGCGAUGCUGAAAGGGGCGCUGAACGUCUCGGAGUACACCGGACAGAGGACUGCUGGACCCGGCCGGCUCCACGAGAGCCCACGCCAUCUGUGGGAGACGUCUCAGUGGACGUGUACUCCGGUAGGUGGAGCUCCAAGGCCAGGACCAUCAACGAGGAGCUUCGGAUGACCCUCGCAGCGCUUUCGGGCAUGAUGGUCGCGGGAGAACUUAACUGGGGGCAGAAGAACGCGGCCCUCCUCGACUCGUUGGACGACAACCAGGACGCGUUCGCCGAGAUCUUCGAGGUCGGGCGACGAUACAAGAUCACCAACCCGGAGAAGUUCAGGGACUUCUACGGCAAGAUGAUGUACAUGCUGCAGGACGCGCAGGCGCAGGGGCGAGUGGGGUUGGAACUAGUGAAGGACAUUCAGAUGGUGUAUGAUUUGGUGGAGGAUCGAGGAGGCUUGGAGAUGCUGCAGGACGAGCGAGUCGUGGCGGCCACGGCGGACAUUUCGGGCAUCUCCAUGAGCAAAGCAGAGGUUAGUUUCCAGGUUGCUGCCAAAAACAAGGCGAGGGCGGGGCUGCUGAAGGACUACGUGUCGGAUUCGUUCCCCAAGGAGGAGGUGGAGAGAGUGCUGGAUUCCAUCGCGGACGCGAACAACUACAUCGCCUUCAACGUGGCUCCUGUUGAGAGAACGAUCAGCCUCCUGCAGGAUAACUUUCAUCCCGACAAGCCCGAGGGAGAGUGGAGCCUCAAGCUUAGUGCUAGCGGAGGAAGAAAACGAUUCUCGUCGUCGUCAUCCAUGUACAGUAGUUACGGCAGCUCGUUCAGCUCCGGGUAUGGGGGAGGGUACGGGAUCUCGUCCAUGUUCGGCUCUUCCUCGUCGGCGCAGCUGUCGCACGACCACCGCACGCAAUACACCUUCGUGUGGCAAAGCCUACUGCUGUGGAGCGAGGCCAUGAGAAGCAUGUACCGGCUGUGGUACUUCGCGGACAGCGAUUUGCUCUCGGGGAAGGCCUCCUACCGGCUGCAGAACACGGGACAAGGGCUCAACAGGGUCCAGCAGUGCCCUUCGGUGAGCCAGGAAAUGCGACGAAUCCUGAGAGUAGUGCAGUCGACGUGCGGGCCGUGGGUCGGCCUGAGCGUGGUGCACCUGGGGGACCGCGACGUCCCCAACGCUCUCGUUUUCAUCGAUAAGUACACUCAGAUCCCUCGGAUCCUCAACCCCGUGGCUGAGGCGGUGCGAUCGCUGGAAGAGAUGGCUCAUGACCCGGUCCUCGGCCACUACGUGGACGUAGGCUGGGGCGGCGUCCAAAACGCCAAGAUGGCCAUCCUGUCGGACUUUUUCAAGCACGGAUGGGAUGGCUCCGGGGACGAUGGGGGGUCUUGCAUCGACGGACGGCUCACCUCUGCAUGGAACUGGUGCUCCCUUCUGCCCAAGAAGCCUUUCGCGCCGAUCUUCUACCUCGCCGGGCAGUACGGCUUUGACGGGGGGUGGAGCAGCGGGCUGGGAGAAUAGCGACCCGUUUUGACCUGUCCCCCGCACGCGCCUUUAGCUCCGAAUUAUUGUGUUUUAGUGAGAGGCGAGACUGCAAGCUGUAAUCAACAACAGGUGUUGGGGAUAGGUUGAACUUUCUAGACCAAAUGAAGAGCCUUGGAGACGGUGGAGACCUCCCCGACUCCCUGUUGUCCAUGACGGACAACGUUCUGGGAUCACUUCUUGCCUUGCCGAUCGGAGACAGGACAGCGCGACUGAUGAGAGGCUAUUUAUGCAUAUUAGCGACGUUUU